CGUUGCACGGGUGUCCCGCGGCGAACCUGCUGGCUAUCGCAAGACGCUUCCCACACCAAAUGCCCAACGACGAGGCGCCGAGCAGCUCUGGCCCUCGCGCUGUCGUGGCGCUUGUCGUUCUGUUCGCGACACUACUUCUUUCCGGAUUGGUGGCACUCGUGUGGAUCUUGAUGAACGAGUUGACAAGCUCCAACGGUGAAUUGCCCGAAGUGCCGCCAUUCUGCUGCCCCGACGCCACGGAGACGAUACUGACGCUGGCCAACCUGUCAAACGAUCCGUGCACUGACAUUCUCAGUUAUGCCUGCUACAAAAAGAGCGGAGUGGACCGCAGCGCGAUUGCGGAUCGAGUGUUCACAUCGCUCGUGGUUCACCCUACUCUCCAGGCCAAACUGCGCUCACCGGUCAGCGAUAUAAUUUGGGUGAACCACAAGAGCUGCCUCUUCGCAGGCGUCAAAAAUCUGUUCACUGCCGAGCACGCAGUGGAAGCCGUCAUCGACCUCUUUCGCCGCUGGUCGGGAAAAUCUACGAACGCCCCGCGCAACGUGGACCUGAUCAAGCUUGUCGGUCUGCUACACUUCAGGUACGAAAUUUUCAGCGUGUUUUACACGUACCACAGAUCAUCAUUCGAGAAGAAUGAAGCCACCUACUUAAUAAGCUUUCAGCCGGCGCCAUAUAUCGAUUUAGACGCGUCAAGUGCCGGACAUGCCAUGUUCGAAGCUGCCAGGAGACACGCUGGCAUAAACGCUACACAGGCAGACGUGCUUAGUCUAAUUCGCCGAUUCCGCAGGGCCCGCAAGAAUUCUCAUGAUGGGCACUCUAUCGUCCCGUUGCCAGAGUUAGGCGAACAGUUUCCAAUAGAGGGCAUAUCUACGUGGCAAGAGAUUUUGAGCGCAUUUCCAGUGAUUGCCAUCGAAAACCCUCCCGACGUCGCGGCAGUCUUAAGCAUAUUGACGGAAAAAAACAUCCUCGUUCAAGCAGCCGCGCUACUGUACUUCGCCAUACACUCGACGCUGGCCACGUUUGACGACGAAAUUCGGCAGGCGGCGAGCCUAGCGGAUCACGCGGCAUUUUGUGAAGGUCAGACCAUGGCACUGUUUCCACUCUGGCAUGUGUUGGCAACGCAGCAGAUGACUAGCCCAGACCGUGACCAGGUUGUGCUGGAAAUGUUUAACAAGAUCUCUGAAGCCGUGAUUGCGGACGCCCAAGUUUUCUUCUCUGCCCACCUGGACGCCAACGCGGUACGGAGUGUGGUGCGAAGCAUUCAUAUUCUUUUACCUGAAAACCUGACUGCCCCCUACAAGCGCUAUCUCCCCUCCAUAAGCGAGAACUACUUCGAGAAUAAGUUUGAAAUUCGGUGCUUUUCUUAUCAGGUAAGCAGCACCAACGCUCGGCGGGGUCUCUCUGGGUUGUACAGACCUCGCGUCGACUUGUAUCGCACAUUCCUCGUGAGAUACGGCAACCAGAUCGCCGUCGCGUCGAGCGUCUACGCGCUCCUCAGUUUCGUCAACGAGAACGCCAGAGGAAGCCGCAGCUUAGCCGACGGCGCAGGUGUCAUCAACGCGGCCGUGCUGGGCGUCAUGCUCGCCGACGCCUUGUGGGACAAGAUUUUUGACUACGCAGAACAGGAAACCGAUUGCUGGGAAGGGCUGGUAGCGCACCUGCAUUGCCUUCGACGGCAAAGUGGAGGUGUUGUGAACACUGAACUGAAGUACACAAUUUUGUCGCUGUCAGCCGCGGUCCGCGCCUAUGCCACACCCAGCUGGGACGACCGGGCUCCUGUAUUCGGCUACCAUAGCUUGUCGGCCAGCCAGGUGUUCUUCAUGCUGUUCUUUGUGCACCACGUUUGUCUCCCAAGGGGUUCCUAUGGGAGCGGAGUGAGUGCGUCGGCGCUGAUGCGGAACUUCGACGAGUUCUUCAAGGCUUUCGACUGUGCGGGGACGCCGAUGCGGAACGCAAUCGAAGCCUGCGAGAAAGCGCGGCGAUGAGUGACGUGGCGUGUGUCCUCUAGCAGCUGUGGAACUACGAGACGACAACGAGGGCAGCAACGCGAAUUGUGCUUAUUGAUGUGCUACGGCGCAGUUUGAGAACAACGCGCACGAACACUGAUCUCGAUUUCCAUUUCGCAGUGCCUUAUUUUGCAUCUAGAUGUCUUCAUCGCUCGCGAAACAUUUUCUUCGUGUUUAAUUUGCCAAGAUUUUUUAUUGUGCUAUAACAAGCGUGAAGGAUCGCGAUCGUCCAAAAUGUUUUUUCUGCUUCGUGAGUUUUUCUGCGUAAUUUAUUUUCUCGCCCACCAGUCUUCAAAAAUAAUGGCUCUUGUUUUAGCGUAGUUGGUGAACAUAGAUAAUAUUAGUGCUGUCAAUAGAAAUCGCUUCAUUGGCGUGUUACAGACUCUUUGUUGUUUGUUGUACAGAUUUCUGUGGAUUGAAACGUGUUUAGUGGGCUGCUCUUCAGUGCCGAAUCUUUCGACACCUAGUGCUGUUCGGGAAGUGCUCUGUUAUGUGGUCUUCAAAUACACCGCGUUGCCUUACGUUCACUUCGGUCCAUAAAACUGCACAUUUGUAAGUCUUGGCCUCAUUUCCAGCAUAUUUAGAAACGUGCUGUUGGUUUCGUUUGGGUAUGACGGCUGUUUACGUGUCACUAUAUUACCUGAACAAUUCCUGGUUGUAGCUGGUAAGAUAUUCCUCUUGUGGGAAGACAAUAGUGCCCUUUUGUGGAGGACCUUGUUUAAUAGCCAUACACACAUUUAUGCUAUUCUUAAAGCUUGAACAGUAGCUUCUAGUGCUCUACAGCAUUGAACAAUCAUUUACAAUUGCUGUGCGGCUUACACUGCCGGGAUACGCAUAUGCACUUUAAGCCAGGAGGAGCGCAUUUCUGACUGAUCAGCACCUUUGCGUUAUCAAGAUAACACGAGCACGUUCUGAAUAAAGGCGUUUUAUGACUAUGGUCUGCAAUAGCUUGUUGAUAUCGUUGAACGUAUUUAUCAGUUUUUUCUUGAGCAGUCUUUUUCAAUAUGAAUUCACAUAAAAUAGUUUAGCUCGCUUCAAUACUUGUGUUUUGCUUAAAAAGUGUCAUGCGAUAAGGGGGGCUUUAACAUUUCAAGGGCCGAAUUCGCAAAGGCUUCCGUUCGUAACGGUUCUUUGCCAUUGGCUAGUGUCCUCUGUUGAUGUGUUCAACAUAAAUGUUGGCUAGCGUUUGCUUUUGCACACGAUUCGUUCGUAAGAAAAUAAACCAAUCCUAAUUUUGCACGUACUAUAAGCGAACGCUACCUGUCAAAGGAGGGAACACUUGGGAACAAUAAAAAGCUUUGUUAAUUCA